GGAGGAUUCUUAGGCACACGAGCAGAAGCAAUCCAGUUUCCAGUGAGAACCAACCAGAUUCCAAGGGAAAUCCCGGAACGGAAGUACCCCUCAUGGCUUCUAGUCCUUGGGGCAGGAACCCUUCCUUUUGGAACGCUAUUCAUAGAACUGUUCUUCAUCUUCUCCAGCAUAUGGCUAGGGAGAUUCUACUACGUAUUUGGGUUCUUACUCAUAGUCCUGCUCCUCUUGGUAGUUGUGUGUGCAGAAGUAUCAGUGGUCUUGACCUAUAUGCACCUCUGCGUUGAAGAUUGGAGGUGGUGGUGGAAAGCCUUCUAUGCGUCUGGUUCAGUCGCAUUGUACGUUUUUGCUUACUCCAUCAACUAUUUGGUCUUUGAUCUGCAAAGUCUGAGCGGACCCGUCUCAGCCAUGCUUUACAUUGGUUACUCUCUGCUCAUGGCAAUUGCAAUCAUGCUCGCCACUGGAACCAUUGGCUUCCUCACCUCCUUUUACUUCGUCCACUAUCUCUUUUCCUCUGUCAAAAUCGAUUGAUACCUUGACGACAAAA